CAUCAAGAUGGCGGGCGGGCGGACCGGCAGCCGAGCGAAGAAGCGCAAGAACCGAGCGGCUGUACCGCUCUACACGCCACCGGCCAAGCAAGGGCUGAAGGAGGUCGCUGAUGGCAAGGAACAAGCUCCACCAGCAAAGAAAGCCAAGGCUGGGCCAAAGAACCCCAGCGCUGCGCAAGUCGUCGCGCCCGUCAAGCUACCGCCAGCGCCCGCGACAGAGACGAAGCCGCUAGCCGAGAUCGCGUCCGGUCCAGGCGAGGAAGGCGCCAAGAAGAAGAAGAAGAAGAAGAAGGCCAAGAACAAGGCUGUGUUCACACCGGCUGUCUCUCCCAACGCCGCUGCGGACACGGCGGCGAAGAUUCCGCUUGCCGCAAGUGCCCCAGCCAAGGCGGCUCCUGUCAAGGCGGCCCCCGUCAAGCCGGCAAUGGUCAAAGUGAUCUCGAUAAAGAUGCCGGCAGCAGCCGCCAAAGUGCGCAAAGUCGCGACCACAGCGGCGGCGAGCGCGACAGUGUCAAUGUCCAAGGAGGCCGCGGCCCUUGCGCUGGCGCAGGCUCGAAAGCGCCGGUUUGCGUCCGACACGGGUGUCCUCCCAUCUAAGAGCACUGUCGUGCUGUCAACAAGUGGGCUCUCGAAAAAGCAAAAGCGACUGCCUCAGCAGCCUGCGCAUGCCGCCUCGAGCCACGACGACGACGAGGAAAAACCACCUGCUCCGACGUCGUCUGUGCAUGUCCCUCGCGAUCCAAGCCCCAAGCCAAGCCCCAAGCCAAGCCCCAAGCCAAGCCCCAAGCCGAGCCCCAAGCCGAGCGCUGCAAGUCUCGAAGAGGAAGAUCUGGCGCCGCAUGAAAACCCAUUGGGCACGAACGCGCACUCGCUCCUCGCAAGCAUCAUGGAUGCGUUCGAGAGCCACGAUGCUUCGGUCUCUAUGAGCGACGACGCCGUCGAUAUCUUGUCGCUUCCGUCCUCGCCACACGCCGAGAGCAUCGACCACAGCGCCUCAGAUGCCCCGGCACAUGGCGAUGACGCAAGCGAUGCCGACGACAGCGACGUGAUCGUGCUCGACGACAGCGACGACGAAGAUCAAGACGAGAUCGAAAACGUGGCGCACCACAAUGACGACGACACCGUCACAGAAGGCAGCGUCGCCAUGACCAACGACUGGGCCUCCGAGGAUGACGAGUUGGACGAUCUCGACCCCCAAUGGACUGCGCCGUUGUCGGUGGAUGCAGUUGCAGGCUACAGCACGGAGGCCAUGGAAGUGGAAGGCAGUAUGGGCAGUCCCGCCACGUGCGCCACGUCGCCGAUCAUGGCGUUGCCCAGCGGCGACGACGGCGAACCCGCGGUUGAGACCGCUCCGACCUUACAUCUCGCAUCACCUCGCCCCGCGGACGACACGAGCAUCCAGACGAGCCCAGCUUGCAGCCCACAGAAACUGUCGCCCGUGCAGUCGCUUGCGGUCGUUCACGAUGCUCCGCGCCUCGUCGCGUCCCCCGAAAAGCAGACGGCAGCAAAGCCCAGCAGCCCGACUCCGUCAUGUGCAGUCACACCCGACGACGAUACCUACGCAAUGACCACAACCAUGCCAGCGCCCGAAGAUGCACGGACUACGUGGGGCGCGGCGUUUGGCACUGCGGCACCGCCUCGCUCGGCCCAGAUCAUCGACUGCUCGCCGCUGAGCACGUGGUUUCUCUCGCGUGGCCAAGCCAACUUUAUCAAAGUGUCAGGGUCGUCGGCCGUGCGUGCGUUGCCCGCUGCCAACGGCAGUGGUUCGCAGACUGCGGUACCCACAACGACGAUGGCGACAACGCCGGACAGUGCGUUUUAUGCGGCGCUCGCCAGAAGUCACUGGCGCUCGUGGUACGCCAAGCAGGCGGCGCCGUCCAUUUUGGAUGCACCGCUGGUUGAUGUACCGUCGCCCGUGCGUGCAGCUGUAGAGAACGCCAACACGCUGCAUAGCACCGCCGCAAGCACCUCGAGACAGCGCGCAAAGGCGUUCAGUGGUGUCAUGGACGAGCUCCGGUCUGCGCGCGACGAGUCGUCGGCGUUUGAGAAGCGCAUGAUCGAGGUGCUGCAAGGAAAGACGAUGACGGGCGUCGACUUUAACGAUGCGUAUCGCUCCGUAUUACCGUAACAGAAAAAGAGCGACCACGCUUACGCCUCGUC